GUUCCUACUUUUCAUGAGUAAAAGAAAAUUCACAGUCAGAUUCACCCAUUUUUUUCAUUUGCAAACAAACCGACAUUUUGUUCCGGAAUUAAUGCAAGUUCCAGAUAUCCGGUGUUAAAAAUGGACGGAAAAGAAAAAAGUGAGAAAAAUGUUGUUGUCGCAAAAACUCCAGCAGAAUUACAGAAGAUGAGACUUGACAAAUUGAUGAAGAAUCCAUCAAAAGAAGUUUUUAUUCCUGAGUCAUCACAAGAAAGAAAGCCUCGUGAUCCACUGGAAUUUAUAAGAAAUGUUUGGGGUUCCAGUGCAGGAGCAGGAAGUGGAGAUUUCCAUGUCUACAGAGGAGUAAGGCGGAGAGAAUAUGCUAGACAGAAAUAUGUAGAUGAAAAAUUUGAACGAGAUAAUGCUGAUGCAGAAUAUCAGAAGAAGCUGGAGAAGAACCAAACAGAAGCAGAAGAAAGGACUGCAAAGAAAAGGGCUAAAAGAUUGAAGAAAAAACAGAAGCAAAAAGGCAAGAAACCCAAAAAGGAACAAGAAGACAAAGAAGAAUCAGAUGAAGAAUCAGAAGAUGAAGAAACUGAGGAAUCUCUGGAACAAGCUUGUGACAAGGGACAUAACUCAAAUCAGAAUGGGGAUAUGGGAUAUAACUCUGAUGAAAAUUGUGAUACUGAAGUAAAGUCAGAAAAAAGUGAAAAUCAUAAUGAUAAUAUGAGAAAAGUUUUUAGAAGUAAUAAACAGCAUGCUCUUGUUGAAGAAAAACAGUUUCAGAUAUCAGCAAAUACAAAUGGAAGCUAGUUGUGUAAUACUAUAGUUUGUGUAUUUACUUCUUUAAUGUAUUUUAUCAUUUUUCAUUCAGACAAAUAAAUUUUAAUGUGUCAGUAUUAAA